AUGAAUUUCCUUCAAAGACACCUGAAUGUAUUCCUGACUCUGUCUCUGCUGAGCAGCCCGACCCCCGUGCAGAUGCAAGGGCCGAGGCUCAGCCUGUGGGGGCAGGUGGCCGACUUUACCGCAGGCUGCAGCCACUGGAGCCUGAAGCCUCAGGUCUCCAUCCCUGCUCUGCAGGAGCUCACCGUCUGCCUCAACCUGAAGCUGGAGAUCCCGAUAUCCUCGAAAUGGACCAUCUUCAUGUACCGUCAUCCCACCCACCGGUACCCUGAGCUGGGUCUGGGGGGGAAGUGGGGGCAUCUGGUGGUCUGGCUGUUUGGUAUGGAGUGGAUCAGCCCCCAGAUGAACCUGCAGCUGUCGCGCUGGUACCCCCUGUGCCUGACAUGGUCCCACACGGGGAGGAAACCAGUGCUGUAUGUGGAUGGGAGGCCCACGGACAUCGUAGCUGCCCAUAACACGGACUCGGUGCCGCCUAGCUGCAAACUCUCCCCCAACGGCUCGCUCACCCUGGGGGCCGACCACACCCUCGUCAGCGGGACCAUCCACAUCAUUCCCUCCAGUGGCAUGAUGGGAAAAUUAUCCUUGUUUCGCAUAUGGGGGAGAGAACGCAGCAAGCAGGAAGUGACAUCACGGAACUGUUCGGAGGGGGACCUGGUGAUGUGGGAGGAGGACGUGUGGGACACCUACUGGCUCUGUUACCCACGGCCCGAUCUGAGCCUCAAGUGUGAGUGGUCCUGCUAUGAAGUGACGCUGCUGUUUGACAUCAGCCGCUACGACGGGAACAACAGUGAACUCUACAUCGCCAGAGACAUUGCACAUCGCUGGCUCAGAAAGGUCCUGCCAGGAACCAUCUACCUCCACAGAGUGUCUGUGUUUGAAGAGAUGAGCUCUGGCCUGGAGAUAAAAACACCAGCUGAAAACAGACUGGUGCGGUGGGUCGUCCCCAGCGUCAACAGGUUCCACUGCCUGGUGCAUAUAAGCGUUUAUCCCAAGAUGAACGUGGCAGACGCGCAGGAGGAAAUACACAAAGACCUCCAAAUCCCCCUCCGGGAGCCCAGCGGGCUGCUCCGGCUGUCAGCCGUCACCAGCAGCAUUCACACCACCCCCGUCGACAACUUCCCUGCUCCCACCGUCAGCCCCACCGUGGCCACGGGCUCCAAUCUCUCCACAACCUCCACCCUGGCACCGGCGUCUCCCUCCACCCCCUCCCCGACCAGCAGCAGGCAAACAUCCACCAGCGGGGAAUCAGGGGGAAUCUCCACCACCAGCCCUGCAAACAUCUCCGACUUAUAUUUUCAAGUCAAAGUGAACGUGUCCCUAAGAGGAGUCUGCGACCCACAACAGAUCCUUCCUGCCUGGCUCAACAUCGUCCUACCUGCUGACAUGAUGAUCGUGCUGGACCUUCAGCUGCCCCCCCAAACUGAAAGACGUCUUCCCUACACGUGGCACGAUCCUGCUACGACAUCUGAAGCUUUCGGAACAUCACACAGAGUUUCCAGGUAUGGAUCUUUUUAUUCCCACACUAUUCAACCAGAUGAAAAACCAGUGACAGUAAAACUAAAUGUGUAUGUGUAG